UUUUGGUAUGUUACUCUGGGAACUUGUUUUCGAAAAAAUUCCAUACGAAAAAUGGAAUACAUUGAAGGUUAAAGAACAUGUGUUGGCUGGUAAAAGAGAAAAAAUCACGUUGAAAAAGGCUCCUCCAGAUGUUGAAAAACUUCAAAUAGGAUUGGCGAAAAUCAUUAUAUCCGCCUGGCAGGAAGACCCAGAAAUUCGUGCAUCUCUUCAAAAUAUUUUUGUAAAUUUGGAUCACCUAAUUGAUGAAUAUUGCACACCCAACAAAGAAUUUUCUGAUCCAAUUUUAUCUGAUAAGGAAUUAGAUUUAGAUGCAGUUUCCAUUAGUGAUGAAGGUGGCUCGGAUUUACCGGACAUGGAUUUUGAUAUUCAUGAGAUAUCACAAAUAAUUCCUCUCGAAGAAGGCAUUGCAGCACAUAGGAAAGGUGAACAUGCAAAAGCUUGGGAAUGUUUUUUAGCAUAUGCAGAUCUAAAUAAUGCACUUGCAAAAUAUUGGAAAGGAUAUUACUUAUGGGAAGGAAUUGUAGUUGAGAAAGAUCGUGAACAAGCUACUAGAUUGUUUAAAGAAGCAGCUUAUGAUGAAAUCGUAGAUGAAGAAUUAGAAAAGCCUGUCAUAAAUAAUGCAGUUUUUGGUGAUAUUCUCAAUAAUUUUCAAUUUUCAGAAUUAGUUGAUAAUAUUAAUAAGUUUUCUUCGGAAGACAUAUUCAAAACAGACUUCUUCUCAGUAAAAGCAACUAUCAUGCUUGGUACAACAGCAACUACAAAUCUUGAAAAUCUGUUACUUGAUCAAAAGGAUACAAUUUAUAAUAUUCUAGAGUCACAACCUGUGUAUGCUGUGGGACCUAACUUUAAACAAGGUUACUUAAUACCGUGUAUCACCUGUUAUGUUUCUAAACCACUUGAAUCACAAGUUUUAGCAAAACUUUCCGAAUUGUUUGAUCACAAUUAUGAAAUUGUAGAACAAAUGGUGGAGCCCAUGGAUGAAGAUACAAGUGGCGAUGAAUUUCUAAAGGUUUCAUCUACAGCAAGAGUUAGGCAUAAGAAUGAUUUCCAAACUUUUAAUAUAAAAGUUUAUCUCUGGGCAAAUGUUGGUUGUGAUAAGAAAUUUUCAAAAUCAUCUGAGAAUACUUUGGAAUUCAUAGUAAAUUUACAUUCUUGUGGAAUAGGACCAAUGUUAAAUAAACAAUGCCAUCUUCCAAACUUUGUUGGUUACUAUCUUGAUUCUGUUUCAAUUAAUGUUUCUCCAAUACCAAGUAUUCCUGAUUACGCAUCUAUAUCGAUUGAAGAUGAAUAUAGACCACAGAAACAUACUUCUAUUGAGCAAUCAGUUGGUAGUGAGAAAACCCGUGGCCUCAAUUUAAGUGCUGGUCAAAGUCCUGGGGCAAUUGCUAGUUACAUUGAUAAAAAUAUUGAAAGUUUCAGGUCAACAACUGAUUAUUGGCGUAUGAAAUGUAAUCGUUGUCCUGUAAAAGGUGUAUCGUGGGAAUACUUUUGUUCUGCGCAAGAACUUGAUAAAGAUUUUGAAAAUCGACAAAACUUACCAUCAUUUGGAGAUAAUUGCGGUGACUGGAAAUUUGAAAGCAGUGUAAAAGGAUUUUCUGUUACAAUUCAACAAGUACUAAACUGUAUCAAUAAAUCUACUUUCAAUUUUCUUAAGAAUUUUCGUAAUAAUAAGCCACCAGUGAUGAAAUGCCCCAAGAUGGUUCACACACUUGAGAUUACUUUCAACGACCUUAAGGAAUUCAACGAGAACUUUGGUGAAUUAAGAAAAAUUUAUUAUUAUGGAUCAGAAACACCUGAACUUGAACUGGGAAAUAAGAACUUAAAGUCAGAUUUCUUGGAAAACAAAUAUGUUAAUAGUUCAAUCAAUCGUGAACUGAAAUUAAAAACAAAUAAAAAAUUGGAUAAAUAA